AUGCGCGUUCGUGUCUCCUCCGUCAUUCUUUCUCUGGUGGUCGCCACUUUGGUUAUUGCCGCCCCAGCUCCUCAUGCCGCCCGCCUUGAGAAGCGUGACGAGGCCGAGGACAAAAUCAGUGAUUUGCUGACCAAAGCGCUCGAGUCUUUGGGAUGUGAUGACUGUCUUGCUGCGUUGGUUGGGGUGAAAGAAUAUGCGAUCUCGGACAAGUCCAGGGUGCUGGAGAUUGUCAAUAAUCUCUGCCCGACCCUGUCCAUGUACCCUACUGAUGUAUGCACUGGUGUGGUCUACAUGCAAGGCCCCGUCCUCCUCGACUCGAUCAUCGCUGCCGACCUCACCUCCGACGACGGUAGAAAACUCUGCUUUCAGGCCGCCGGCGCUUGUCCUGCUCCUGAUAUCGGCGAUACCACCGUUAUCUUCCCAAAGCCCAGGCCCGCUGACCCUGUCGCCCCUCCUCCAAGUGGUACUCAAGUGGAGGUUCUCCACUUCUCCGACUGGCACGUUGACGAGGAAUACGUCCCUGGCACCGAUGCUAUCUGCAACAGACCCAUGUGCUGCCGAAAGUACGACGACUCUCCCUCAAACAUCACACGCGCCGCUGCCUCUUGGGGCGACUACAGCUGUGACGCCCCUGUCAAGCUGGGCCUGGACCUGCUGAGCUAUAUUCCCUCGGUCGCCAAGCCCAGCUUCUCCAUCAUGACCGGUGAUGUCCCUCCACACGAUGUCUGGCUCGAGGACCGAUCCGCCGUCCUCCCCAUAGAGAGACAUGCAUACGCAAAUAUGGAUAAUUUGGGCAUCAAUAUUUAUCCCACUGUCGGAAACCAUGAGUCUGGACCCACGAACCUGUACCCCACCGAGGCCUCUGGCGGAGAUCUCUCCUGGUUAUAUUCCAGCUUGGCCGACAACUGGUCCCGUUGGUUGCCUUCAGAUGCUGUCGACUGGGUUAAGAACUACGGUGCCUAUGCCGCCAGUCCUCAAAAGGGCCUCCGCAUCAUCUCGCUCAACACCAACUUUUGCUACAGAAUGAACUUUUAUCUUUAUGCCGACGUCGAUGAUCACGAUCCCAACGGAAUGAUCAAAUGGUUCAUCAACCAACUCCAGGCCGCUGAAGACGCAGGCGAACGCGUUUGGAUUAUUGCACACUUCAACCCCUCCCAGAUAAAUUGCCUCCAGAACUGGUCUGCACAGUACUACGAGAUCGUUCAACGCUACUCUCCACAUGUCAUUGCUGAGCAGUUCUUUGGGCAUACCCAUUACGAUGAGCUUUCGAUCUACUACCAGCCUGGCAUCAAGGACGCCCAGAACGCUAUCUCGACUGCAUGGACUGGACCCUCUGUCACUCCUCACUCGAAUUUGAAUCCCGGUUUCCGCAUCUACCAGGUCGACACCGGCAACUGGAACGUUUAUGAUUCCCUGACCUACAUCGCCGACCUCUCGCAAGCCACUACCUGGGAUGCCACGGGUGCAACACCUAACUGGCACCUGGAAUACUCGGCACGUCAGGCCUAUGGUUCCUAUGUGCCCAUUGCAGACGACGCCCCCCUGAGCGCCUCAUGGUGGCACGAUGUCACUGUCGCGUUCGAGUCCGACAGUGCCGCCUUCCAGCAGUACUGGACAUAUCGCGGCAAGUCUGCUAACAGGAUUGGCGCCUGCGCUGCCAACACAACAUGUCCUGCUCAGACGAUUUGCAAUAUGCGUGCCGGAAUGAGCUCGGAACUUUGCUCGAAGAUCACAUUCUCGCUCACGAAGGAAUGA